AUGUUGCGGAGAAGCGCCCGCGAAGUCUUCACCAAGUCCCCCAGCGAUGUCGUCGUGCUCUCCUCCGUGCGCAGUCCUAUCGCCCGUGCCUACAAGGGCGCCUUCAAGGACUGCUACCCGGAGGAGAUUCUCAUGCCUAUAAUGCAAUCUGCCGUCCAACGGGCAGACAUCCAACCGCACCAUGUCAACGAUGCUCUGAUUGGCAACGUGCUGGCUGAACUGGGGUUCGCCAAAACGGGUCGCAUGGCACUCAACGCUGCCGGAUUUCCCAACUCCACCACGUUCCACACCUUGAACCGUCAAUGCUCCAGUAGUCUGCAGGCCAUCACCCACAUGUCGCAUUCCAUCCUCGUCGGACAAAUCGACGUUGGACUGGCCGGUGGCGUGGAGAGCAUGACGCGCAACUAUACCACGCGUGGCAUUCCCGUCGACGUGUCGCCGACGUUGAAAGACUCGGCCGUGAAAGAUGCUCGGGACUGUCUUCUGCCCAUGUUGCAGACGUCGGAAAAUGUGGCAUCGCGGUACGGAAUCGGUCGGCGCGAGCAGGACGAGUAUGCGGCCGAGAGUCAGCGACGGGCCGCUCAGGCGCAGGCGUCAGGCCGGUUCGAGCACGAGAUCGCUCCGGUCUUGACGCGUCAGGUUGAUACGGAGACCGGGGAGGAGACGGCUCGGGUGGUGGAGCAGGACGAGGGGAUUAGGAAGGGCGUGACGGUUGAGAAGCUGGGUAGUUUGAAGCCGAUUUUGGAGAACGGAGCCAGCACGGCGGGCAAUUCAUCCCAAAUCUCCGAUGGCGCCUCCGCCACCAUUCUCGCUCGUCGUUCGUGGGCCGACGCUCAUGGUCUCCGGCCUAUCGCCCGAUUCGCAGGCACCCAGCUGGCCGGCUGCGCGCCCGACGAGAUGGGCAUUGCGCCUGUCUAUGCUAUUGAGAACCUGUACCGGUAUACAGGAAUCCAGAAAAGCGACGUCGACGUGUGGGAACUGAACGAGGCCUUUGCCAGUCAGACCAUUCACUGCGUGCGCGAGCUCGGCUUGGAUCUCGACAAGGUCAAUCCGAAUGGCGGCGCAAUCGCUCUUGGUCAUCCCAUCGGGGCAACGGGGGCACGCCAGACGGCGACGUUGUUGGCCGAGUUGACGAGGAGAGAGCAAGAGGUUGGGGUGGUUAGUAUGUGUGCGAGCACGGGAAUGGGAGUGGCGGCGUUGUUCAUCCGGGAGUAA